AUGGAAUCUUCAAAUCUCAAGUCCACAGUGUCAACACCUCUCAUCCGCCUCUCCCCACACCCCUUUUCUUCCCUUCCCGCUCACCCCUCCCUCAGUGCAUCCCCAUCGUCAUCUCGUCCGUCACUCCGCGUUUUCCUCGAAACAGCCCUAUCAGAAGCCCACACUCUCCUCACAGACACCAUCCCGAAUACCUUCAAGGCAGACCCGAAACCGCGCUCCUCCCCACCCGCCACAGCCAAGGUCCGGCUCCUCAAGCGCACCAUCCGCAACAGCAAGGGGAGUGUCCGAGGAGAGGAGGAAUUCUGGGCAUGCCGGAAGAGUGUCCACCAAGAUGCGGCAGUGGCCGGCUCGGCCUCGUGGGACGAGUUCUACAGGAGAUUGAGGGAGAAUCAUUCCGAGAAUGAGAUGGCGUAUACGCCCAGUGUGACUUCUGUGGAGAGGUUUUUGGAGUGGCCGACCCAGGGGGAGAUCGAGGGGGGUUGGAGGCAGGUCGGCAUGCAUGUGAACAUCAUCACCCAUACUUUCCACCCAACAGCCUUGAUAGACCCCCGCACCUUCAUCAGCCUAGUCAUCUCUGCCGACUUACCAAACUUCGACCGUCAGGGAUUCAUGACGGUCCAGAUCCCUCUCGCGGCGAAACCUACAGAUGCGAUUCCCCCCGAGAUACGGGAGAAGGUUGCAUCCGCGGCGCCCAGAAACGCGGUUUUUGCAUCCUAUGCGAGCGUGGAACAGGUUGUGCCAGUGUCGACACCGGCGGUGACCUCAAACCCAGGCGCGAGGGGCAGGACUGGUGAUACCAAUCAGCUGGAGUGGACGAUGGCAACCACUUCAGAUGCAGGAGGGGCGAUUCCGCGGUGGAUACAGCGAAGCUGGACGAUGGGCGGAGUCCCCAAGGCAAUCGUGGCUGACGUGGGGUAUUUCAUGAGUUGGACAGGCCAGCAGAGAAGCAAUAUAUCAGAUUCAGCUUGA